AUGCGAGUGCCUGGGCCGAGUUCCGCGGCCACGGCAUCCAGCACUCGGGCGCCGGAGGUUUCACUGCGCGGGACAUCUAUAUCGGUACGAGCCGCAUCCGACCAACUGCUCGCCGACCUGCGCGUGACCGACCCACGCCACGACAAGCAGCGCAUCGAGACCACCAAGGGCGGCCUCCUCGAGGACUCGUACCGCUGGAUCCUCGGCCACCGCGACUUCCUGCGAUGGCGCGACGAUCCGCACACACGCCUGCUGUGGGUCAGGGGCGACCCGGGCAAGGGCAAGACGAUGCUCCUUUGCGGCGUCGUCGACGAGCUCGAGAAGGCAUCCCCAACGGCGCCCCCGGCCGCGUACUUCUUCUGCCAGGCCACCGACGAGCGUCUCAGCAGCGCGACGGCCGUGCUGCGCGGCCUCCUCUACAUGCUCGUCCGUCAGCACCCUCCCCUCAUCUCCUACCUGCAGGAAGAGUACAGGCACGCGGGCAGGCGCCUCUUCGAGGAUGUCAACGCUUGGUCCGCCAUGUCGCAGGCGCUCACGGCCAUGCUGGCCGACCCCGCCUUGGAGGGCAAGAUCCUCGUCAUCGACGCCCUCGACGAGUGCGUGACGGACAUGCAGCGGCUUCUCGGCUUCAUCUCGACGACGUCCCACGCCAAGUGGAUUGUUUCGAGCCGCAACUGGCCGGCCAUCGAGCAGACGCUGGACGGCACGGCGUCCAGCGUCGGCCUGCGUCUCGAGCUGAACGCAAACUCCAUUGCCGCUGCCGUGCGGGCGUACGUUCAACACAAAGUGAGUCAACUGACGCGGCUCAAGAAGUACGAUGGCCCCACCCGCGAUGCCGUGCAGAAGCACCUCAUCGACAACUCCGACGACACCUUCCUCUGGGUGGCCUUGGUCUGUCAAGAGCUCGCUAGCCGGGAGGUCCGAAAGCGACACACCCUCAGCGUCCUCGAGACGUUCCCGCCUGGCCUGGGGCCUCUGUACCAGCGCAUGAUGGACCACAUCGCCGACUCGAGAGACGCAGAGGCUGUGCAGAGAGAGAUCAUCGCGUCCUGCGGCUCGUUCCUCACGCUGCGCCAUGGGACUGUCUUUUUCGUGCAUCAGUCGGCGAAGGACUUCCUGCUGGGGCAGGCUUCUAUACGGAUCCUUCCAUCCGGGAUCGCAGACCAGCACCGCGCCAUCUUCUCCAAGUCCCUGGAGGUCCUGACCCGCCAGCUCAGACGCGACAUCUAUGACCUGCGCGCCCCCGGCGUCCUCAUCGGCGAAAUCUCCCCGCCCGACCCGGAUCCGUUGGCCCCUCUCGAGUACGCCUGCGUCCACUGGGUCGACCAUCUGCGCGACUCAAAAUUCGCGAACAGCUCGGGACACAGUGCCCUGCGGGACUGUGAGAUCAUUUCCGCCUUUCUCCAAAGGAAGUUCCUCCACUGGCUGGAGGCUCUAGGUCUCCUACGCAGCCUAUCGCAAGGAGUACUGGCCGUGCAGAGCCUUGAGGCGCUCGUGACAAGCACGGGAACGCGCCGACUAGCCGACUUUGUCCGAGACGCCCGUCGAUUCGUUCUAUCGCACAGGGCAGUUGUGGAGAUGGCUCCGCUACAGGUGUACCUGUCGGCCCUCGUGUUUAGCCCGAGGGGUAGCAUCGUGAGGCAGCUGUACGAAGGUGAGGCGCGGGCGUGGAUGAGGGUGAUGCCACCAAUGGCAGCGGAUUGGAGCGCAUGUCUGCAGACGCUCGAGGGCCAUCGCGUCUUCGUCAGUUCGGUGGCCUUCGCACGUGAUGGGCGGCACCUAGCGUCGGGGUCCCAGGACACGACCGUCAAGGUCUGGGAUACGGCGACGGGCGCGUGUACGCAGACGCUUAAGGGCCAUGGCGGCGCCGUCAACUCGGUGGCCUUCGCAGCCGAUGGCCGGCGCCUCGCGUCAGGGUCCCGCGAUAAGACCGUCAAGGUCUGGGAUACGGCGACGGGCGCAUGUCUACAGACGCUCGAGGGCCAUGGCGGCGCCGUCAGCUCGGUGGCCUUCGCACGUGAUGGGCGGCACCUAGCGUCGGGGUCCCAGGACACGACCGUUAAGGUCUGGGAUACGGCGACGGGCGCGUGUACGCAGACGCUCGAGGGCCAUGACGGCGAUGUCAGGUAUCAUAUCGGUCGCGAUAACACCUGGAUCAUGAGAGACAACUUUAGGUUGCUGUGGCUUCCUCUAGAGUAUCGGCCGAGUACAACCGCAGUGACUGGACCAAGUGUCGCGCUAGGCUGUCGGUCGGGACGAGUACUUUGCAUGACUUUCUCGACGUGGCAGACGGGGAUCUAG